AUGUGCAACGCGCUGGCCGAACCAAGGCCUCCUCCCCAGAACGCACGAAGAAUUCUUGCAGACCAGAAGGAAAAGACAGACAACCCAGUAGAAAAACGGGCAAGACUGGAGGGCGCAAUCGACCCCGGGGUGUCUCACGGGCGCGAGGGCCAGGGCGUAGGGAGCGGCGGUGUGGAGGUGGGCGCACACCUGCACCGGGAUCCUGGGGACCCAGGCAGGCCCAGAAGCCCACUGCCCUGCUCCUGCGGGCCAGCGGGCCAGCUGCAGUGCUCGUACCCGCACCCGCACCCGCAGCCGCUGGGCGGUGAGGAGCAGGCCCUGGAGGGGCGGGCCCAGCCCGAGGCCACCGGCUGGAAGCCACACCCCUCCCGCUGCUGCCCGGCUGCAGCCAGGACUUUCCAGGACUUUCGGGUCACCCUGCAGCGCCCCCAGACCGUGCACAGCCCCCCCACCGCUGCCUGGGCCCAGACCUUCCAAACUGCGCUGCAGACCAGCAGCCUCCCCAGCCCCGGCACCUCGCUCUUCCACCCCGGCCAACUCUCAGACCAAGCCUGGCCACUGCCCCCCUUCCUCUCUGGUCCCCAGCACUCAGAGCCCUGCACACACCCCUCAGCCAAAGCUCCGCAGCAGCCUCCGCCCAAAGCGGGGGCCUCCGACGAGCUGGGCGCCGCCGGGCCCUGGACCCCGCGUGCCAGGGCUGAGCCCAGCCGGAAGGAGGCUGCUGCGGGUUCAGAACGGGCCACGCACUCCUCUCUCCAGCCCGGGACCCCAAGCCCACAGAGCCACUCGUCCCCCUCCUCGGGAACCCCACUGCCCCCCAGCCAUCUGGCCCUGGAGCACAUGGGCCCCCACCUCGGCAGCCAGAGGGAGAUGUGGCCAGGUGGCCCCACGCUGCGUGGCCUGCAGGCUGGGCCUGCCCCCGCCCCCUGA